GCUUCUCGGCACCCCGGAGCUUCGGCAGCCCAGUCAGUCGAGUUUCGGCCGUUUAACCCAGCAGAGGUGUGCAGCGGACAGCCAAUUCUACAUCAACAGCAGAAGCAGACAAAGCCGCAGCAGUAGCAACAGAAACAGGGCAUAGUAACAGGACACAGAUACUGGAGCAGACAAAAUAAUUACGGCCACAUAAGAACAACUGCCUGACUGCGUCUGACUGCCUGCCUGCCCGUCUGCUUGCUAGCCUUUCCUUUCGCCUACUUGCAACAUUAAACCCGACAGAUACAGUAGCCCAGCGGUAUCUGGAACUGCCAUGUUGAGCUGUCAGUGACUGACCUGCCACGGCAACCUAUUGACAGACCAUCCGUAUUCAUUCCACUUCGAAUCCUAUUCAACUGUCACUUCGCGGGAUACGAUUGUGUGGCUCCGGUUUCAGUUCCAUCAUCAUUAACCACAGCGCAGCAAAGUAGGCAACACGGACUGGAAAUCUAAUUAGCGACGUCAGUGUCAGGAUCGGUAAUCCAUUAAUUUCGUGGCAUCAACAACUUUUGGACCCAAACAACAUAGCACAAAAAAAGGCGUUGCUCCAACAACAACAACAACAACAACAAAAUCAACAACGAAAAACAGGAAAAUCGUGAAAAAAUUACACACAGAAAAAAGGGAAAGCGAACACUUUUGUUUCUGUACGUCGGUGUUCGUGUUCCCGCGUUCGUGUAUGUGAGCGUUUGCACGAGUUUGUGUGUGUUUGCUGGUGAAUCCUGAUAACGCGAGCCUGGUGCUGACAUCACUUUCACUUCGACGAAGAACCAAGGAAGCCAAGCCAAGCCAAACCAAGCCAAGCCCAUCCCCAAUCUUGCCCCAAAGAAGCUGCCAAUCGAACCGCCGCACAGCAACAAAAUCAAUUAAACUACCAACUCAACUCAACAAACAGCAACAACAAAUCUGCCAAGAGCCAAUUAUCGAGCAGGAUAACUGUAUUGGAGAAGUAGGAAAAAUCCAAGUCAAGUCAAGAUGUUUUCCAUGUGCAGCAAGGUAAAGUCGCGGAGCGCGGACAUGGAUGGGGAUAGUUCGUUUAUGCAGCAAUCCCAGCAGAUGCACUUGCAACAGCCCCAGGCUAUGGGAACCGGAGGUAAACAAAUCAAAGGCGGCUAUCUAUUGCGUUACAAAAAGCAAAUGUUUUGGAAUCGCUGGGCUGAGGAGUGGGUAGUCCUAUACGAUGACUCGACCAUGGCCUGGUUCACGGAGCCAGGGCGCUCCUCGCCAUCUGGCAAGAUCCUGGUGAAGGAGGCCCCAGAGAUGCUGGCUAUUGCCCACUGGACUGGCCAGAUACCGCGUCGACCCCCACUCCCGGCCGGAGUCAGUGUCUCCCAGCUGAUUGCCCUCGGAUCGCAGCGAAAGCGCUCCAAGGUCUACUGGAUGCUGGCCAAGUCCGAGCAAGAGGUGGGCGACUGGAUCGAUGCGAUUACUAAGACCCUGCCGCCGCCCCCCCAAAUCGAGCUGGUGGUGGACAAGCCGCACCUGAUGAACGUGCUCCGGCGCCCGCUAGUGCGCAUUAGACCUGCCACCCAAUCGGAGGUGAAGCAACGCAAGGUGGGAUCACAUGGAGCGAGCAGCAGCAAGCACCACCGUUGUGGCAACGGCUCCGGAACUUCGUCGGCGGUGAGCACACGUCUCUACCGUCAUGCCCAGAAUCCUUUGGUAAAGAGCGACGCGGCGGUGGCCAUUCUCAGCAAGAAACCCGACUCGAAGGCUUCCUUGGCUUGCGCCCUGCCUUGGGGCCAUGGAUGGGGCUGGGCCACCUUGCCCAACGGGGUCUGGAGCGGGGGCCUGACAUGGUCGCAGUGCGAGGACACCUUCACCCUGCAUGCCCUGCCCACCACCCACUGCACCAACCUGAUCGACACCUCGUGCUCCGGAGCGGUCUACCACACGGACAUCGGCGGGUUCGACUUCCAUUCCUCUGGCGUGGACGACAUCGGGGGCGAAGACUUUGACUAUGCAAUGGACUGUGGCGACUUCAUAUUUUAAAUAUCCCCUGAAAAUCGGUCAGCCAAACAUCGACCCACCCGAGGGACAAGGACCGGGGAUCCUCGGUUCUUGCCCCACCAAAAUUUUGUCUUCAAUUGGAACUGUGCAGUUAGGAAUUAGAGUGUUUCCAAGAACUUAGGUAGUAUUUUUCUGUGCUUACGUUUAUCCUCUGAGUGUUAGGUGUUGCAAAAAGUUCGGGCGAGGGCGAGGGCAUGCCACAGGGGGAGGUUGUUGAAGGGCAAACUGUCAGGUUGCGUAUACGCCCCAUUAGCCCCCGACAUGCCCCUGUCCUGGGCCGGUUAACUAUCUCGCUGUUCAUGUUUUCGUGUUUAACUUUGUGCGCAGAAAUAAUUGCAUUAAGCAGUUAAACAGCAACCCGCGUAGUGCAUUCUAGGAUAACAACAACCCUGCGAUUAUCCUGAUUAUAAACAGUUGCGGCCAUAGCAUUACGAGAGCCAGAACUGAGGACUUGCUUUGAGGACCCUUGGACAUCAUUAUUAAAAUAUUUUUCACCCCUCAUUUAUUCAUUUAUGAAUAUUAAUUUAUUUCAUUUUUUCCAUUACGUUGAAAUCAAUUUCAUUCUAGUGCCACCUUCGUUUUGACCGCAACUGUGGGCGACAGGCAACCGGGAGGCAGAUAGAUAUCUACCUAUACGACCUAUGUGUUUAUGUAUCUGGCAGUGCAUAAGCAUAUUAAACCACACAUUUGCCCCGCUUCCAGACACAUAUGUAGACCUCUCGACCGCACCCAGCCCAUGCGGGCGUUGUUGCAACCACAAGCAUUUGAAAUGCGAAAAUAUUUUCGCAUCGCGCAUAUAAGUAGGCUACAGCAUAUUUUUGCACUCGACAAGCAAACAAAUUACAAUAAAUAAUGUAGACACAACGCAUACGACCGACUAAAUUAAAGUAAAAAACAACCAAAAAACUGCAUGAGAUUGAAAUACUUUUGUGUAUUUUGAGACUUUUGAAAUUUAUAUUGAUGUUUGUGCAAUUUGUAAUGGAAACACUUUUUCAAAUUGUUUUGCCAUGAUUUUCUAGAAUUUUUGGAAUCGAUAGUAUACAACCGCAAACCGAAUACCAAUUACCCAACGACCUCUCAAAUCCUCCUUCCUAUCCCAAAGAUAUAAUGCCCGCCCCUCCCCCCAAGCAGAUCCAUUUUUGUGUGCAAAUUUUUGAAACAUUUAUACAGAAACAACGCGCGCGUAAUUAAGUCAUCGGAAAAAUCGAUAAAUGUUUAAUGUAAUUGUCAACGCAAAUUUUUAAUUGGAGCAUUGCAAUUUUUAUAUAGCGUGUUGAACACAUACGACAGCAAACAGGAAAACCAGGUAAACAAAAAGUAAUUAAUAAAGCGAACUCUAGAUGUACAAAAAUAAAAGUUAAUCACACACCUACACAAUUUCAUGCAAAAGUCGUGUCCUUAGUGUUAGUUAGUGUUAGCGCUUAAGGCAUAUGGCAUCCGAAAUGUCAGUUAAGUUUACGAAACUAACUCACACAAAUCGACAUACCCACCCGUACUGAUGUAAAGUUUAUAAAACGAAAACAAAGCCAAUCGACAAAAAAAACAAGUUAGCAACCCAGGAAAUAAUCGCACCGUAUAAAAAGCCAAAGUUGUGUCUAAACACACACGUACUAUUAAUUAGCAACUAAGAAUGCAUCAAAAGUCAUACGCUUAUGCAUUUCACAUGCCACAAGCCUCAUCCAACGUCAACAAUCGCAGCUCACAUGCCACAUCGAUUCGAUUUUGAAUUUGAUUUUGAAGAACUUUCGCAAGAAAGGAAAACGCCGCUACGGACACCUUGAAAUAAAGAAAUCAGUUACGGUAAUGGGAACGUUACCUGUAACUGUAGUUGUAAUUGUACGUUUAGGCAUAUAUAGAUGGUAUAUUGUGUAUGCAUAGGAAACUAGGAUAAGUCGGAGAUGCGCGAACUAUGGUUAAGCUAUAUAGAUGUAUGUAUGUGCAGGUUUUCAAAAUGUUGCAUGCCACGCAAAUCGCUUAGAGAUAAAACCAAAUAGAACGAAAUGUUAUGUAAAAUACGGGUAACAGGACACACACAAUGUCCCCAAAGCAUCUGUUGCAUGUCCUUGUCGGCGCGAGUGUGUGCGAGAGGGCACAGCUGCAGCCGCAUAUAGCUAUAUAUAUUUAUGUACUGCGAGUAACGAUUAUAUGUAUUCACUGUAUGUACAACAACAAUAACCAAGAGCAAAGCUACACGAAACGGAAACCUUAAACCUGAGCCUACAGCCUUAGCUAUCAUAGACACAUACUACGCCCACACUUACGCUACUAUAUAGUAUUUACAUAUGUAUGCAUGUAUACAAUACCUAUAGCUAUAGUCGAGAAAACCAAAACCGAAAACCGGAUAGAAAAAGUAACAGAACCGAGGGAAGCGACUCGCAUCAGGCAUCGGAAAAUAUAAUAUAUAUAAAAGAAAAAAACAUAAAUAUAUGUAUAUGUAUACCCGCCUCGUAACGUAACGUAAAUGAAAUGUAGACUAAAAGACUUAAGCAAUUGUCGUUUAGACGUUAAAUUAGAGAGCAUUGAAUGUUGGCUUAUACUAGUUGUAGGCAAGGAUGCGAAGUACGGGAGCGUUAGGGACAUAUUUAAGGAUAUCCUCAC